AUGGUUCAAAUUCUGGAGGCUGGUGAUAUGUAUGCAGUGGUGACUGGGGCUGAACUACCGCAAGAAGAAAAAAAAUUAGUAUGGCAGAAAAUUGAUACAAGGGCUCGUCGUACUAUAUCCACGUCACUGGGUAAACAACCUUUGUUGCAAAUACUUCAUUGUGUGACUGCAAAAGAAAUGUGGGAUACACUAAAAAGUGUGUAUGAACAAACGUCAAGAUCUAACGUCUUAUUUUUGCAGCAGAAGUAUUAUAGUUAUAUUAAAGUUUCGGAGGACGACAUUGCAACCUUUUUAUCCAAACUAAUGGAAAUUGUACAGCAUCUUCGUGAUCAAGGCGAAUGUAUAUCUGAUUCAAUGAUAAUUACGAAGGUUGAACCAAAUGCAAAUCAUUGCAGAAGCUAUGAAGCUUUAAUGUGUAGCACAAAUGCAAGCUGCAGUGGAAAUAAUUGGGUUCUUGACUCAGGAGCAACGGAUCAUAUGUGUCAUAUAAAGGAGUGGUUUGAAAGUUUGAGAAACCACAAUGAUAUAGUCAGGGUUGGCGAUGGACGUGCUAUUAAAGCGGCAGGUAAAGGAAAUAUUGUCGUUUUGGUUAGUGAAGGUCAUAAAUGGGUGCAGAAAGUACUGAAAGAUGUACUUUAUGUUCCAGGCAUCCAAUAUAAUUUAUUUUCAUCAACAAAGGCACUAGAUCGUGGUUAUAAAUUCCAUUCUGACAGUAGUACUUGUAAAUUUAUCAGAGGAGACGGAAGUACUGUUGCAGUGGGAGUUCGAAGAGGAAAGUUAUUUAAUAUGCUGAUUAAGGUUCCAGAAGGCAUCAUGUUAAAUGUAGCAGUCGCCGACAACUUACCUUUGCAAAUAUGA